GGUGCUCUUUCUAUGGUUACUCCGGAGUGGGCUGCUGCUUUUGCUUCACCGCCUGCUGCAAUGGCUCUAGCAAUGAUAGCUGCAGGGGCAGCUGGCUGGGAAGCCCCGCCACCUCCUACAGCUUCACAUUUUAGGCGAGACUCUUCUAUGCUUGAGCGUAAGACUGCCAAACUUCAGACCUUUUCAAGCUUCCAGAAACCACUGGAGCCUCCAAACAACAAUGCACCACCUCGACCAAGGGAUAAAGCUGCUGCAAAAGCGGCAGCUUUGGCAGCUGCACGAGAUCUUGAACGGAAUGCAAAGAUUGGUUCAGGAAGAGGUCUGAGUGCUGUUGCAAUGGCUACUUCUGCGCAGCGGAGGAAUAUCGGUGACAUGGAGCGUUUACAGAGAUGGAACACUUCCGAAGCUAUGGGAGUGGCAUGGAUGGAAUGUCUCCAACCAAUGGAUACAAAAUCAGUUUAUGGAAAAGAUUUCAAUGCUUUGUCGUACAAAUUUAUU